GAAGAGAAGGACGGGUUAGCCCUCGUGCCCGCCUCCCCUCCGUCCCUCACGCUUAAAAAGAGAGGCAGACGGAGCCGACUGUCACUCACGCUGAAGAAUGAGGUCCUUAAAGCACCUGAAACUUCACAGCAGGAGGAGCGUGGAGGAGGCGAGCCGGCGCCUGGGUAGAUGUGAGCCCAAGGUAAUGGCCAGGCUGGUGGACAUAAGCACACAGACAGAUCCCGUAGUUGUGCUGUCCUUGGCCCAGGCCGCCGUGCUAGGUCUCAUCUCCCAGAAUGAAGUGUUUGGAGCUACCAUCGCACCCAAUGGCUUCUACACCGGCGAACCCAAAGAGUCCCCUGCACCGCCAGUAGACGGAGUCGACUACGAGUACGCAGACCAGCUUAUCGGCGCCAACGGAGAUUACCUCGGAGACAACUUAGGAGAAGACGGACAGAUGCAGCCCAGCUGCAGCCAGAGGCGGUGGCAACAGGCGGCACCACCACCGCAACACGUGGACACCAAAAUGGUCCUCCCUGACCGUCACGCCCUCCAAGGCGGUGACGUGAACUCCUCCCUCGUGAAAGGGGAAGGGGUGACCUCUGCUAUGCCCUCUUGCGUCCACAUGCUGAACAAUAUGGCGCCCAGAGGGGGAUUAAUUCAGGUAGAUCCAGCCACUCUCAGAGGCCCCAACAAGAACUGUGCAGAGUGCGAGCGCGAAGUCACCAACCAGCAGCAAGCAAACACUCACGUCCAUCCUCCGCCUGCCCAAGUGGUACAUAGAGGCGCAGAGCAGGGUCACAGGGGACUCCAGCCCCAGCGCCCAAUGGGGGGCCACUGUCGAGGAGCUAGAGAGGACGAAGAGGAGGUAGAACACCAGGGCAACGCUAUGAUGAAGCCCAAUCAGCAGGAGGAAGCUAUCAGCAGCUACUUUCAGACCAGUGAGGUGGGCAGCUAUGACUCUACAGAAAUGGGCAUGGGCGGCGAGUACGAAGAUGGUGGCCAGAGCAUGAUGUGGACGGACGGGAGCGGCGGAGCGCAGCAUCCGCAGCCCCCGCACCUUCAGCCUCCCCGGCGACAUGGGGGCCGCAGAGUGGACCGGCUGGACAUAAACAUCCAGAUUGACGAGUCGUACUGCGUGGAUGUUGGAGACGGCCUCAAGCGCUGGAAGUGUCGCAUGUGUGACAAGUCCUACACGUCCAAGUACAACCUGGUCACGCACAUCCUGGGCCACAACGGCAUCAAACCACACGCCUGCCCGCACUGCGGGAAGCUCUUCAAGCAGCCCAGUCACCUCCAGACCCAUCUGCUGACCCACCAAGGAACGCGGCCCCACAAGUGCACCGUCUGCAAGAAGGGCUUCACCCAGACCAGCCACCUAAAGCGACACAUGCUCCAGCACACCGACGUCAAGCCAUACAGCUGCCGGUUCUGCCGCCGGGGCUUCGCCUAUCCCAGCGAGCUGCGGGCGCACGAGGUGAAGCACGAGCGCGGCCGCUGCCACGUCUGCUCACAGUGCGGCAUGGAGUUCCCCACCUACGCCCACCUCAAACGGCACCAGACCAGCCACCAGGGCCCACACACCUUCCAGUGCACUGAGUGCAACAAGUCUUUUGCAUACCGGAGCCAGCUCCAGAACCAUCUGCUGAAGCACCAGAGCCCGCGGCCUUACACCUGCUCCCAGUGCGGCCUGGAGUUUGUGCAGCUCCACCACUUACGUCAGCACUCGCUAACUCAUAAGGGAAUGAAGGGCCACAAGUGCGAGGUGUGUUCCCGGGAGUUCACCCUGUCCGCCAACCUCAAGAGGCACAUGCUCAUCCACAACAGCGUCCGGCCCUUCCAGUGUCACGUCUGCUUCAAGAGCUUCAUCCAGAAGCAGACCCUGAAGACCCACAUGAUCGUCCAUCUGCCUGUGAAGCCUUUCAAAUGCAAGGUCUGUGGGAAGUCCUUCAAUAGAAUGUACAACCUGCUGGGCCACAUGCAUCUCCAUGCUGGCAAUAAGCCCUUUAAGUGUCCUUACUGCACCAGUAAGUUCAACCUGAAGGGGAACCUCAGCAGGCACAUGAAGGUCAAACAUGGCAUGGACGUCUCACCAGAAGGUCAAGAAACUCUUCCAGAAAUGGAGAGCCAAGGCGAAUACGAAGGCCAGAACUUUAACUUUACAUCACCAGACAAUAUGGACAACAGCGGUUCCCAAAACCUCACAAAACUCACCACAGCGAACAUGGAGGACAUGGAGGAAUAUUACAAUUUCGGGAAGGAUACGAGCAGCUACACCACACCCUCGGGCCUCCUUCCAGAAUCUGACGGACGAUGAUGGGAGGCCUGGAAGGAGGCGCGCUUCAAAGGAGCCGUUUCAACCCUCCGGCCGCCUUCAGCAGAGACUCUGAAGCUGCUGAUUGUGGUCUGGAAGCUCCUUUCACAUAAUAACUAGACUUACUGACUCACAAACUGUCACUGAUGGACAGUCAAAAACCUCUAUGUUGUGUGUAUGUAUCAGUUACUUAAAAAGAAGAAAACACUGCAGAUGUGAUUAAAAAAAAAAAAAGAGUCAUCGUUCGCCAUCUUCGUUCACACGGCAUCGUAUUCUGGACUGAAAGUGCCAGCUAGAAACAUUUUACGGCUCAUCUUCCACCCUGUCCACCUGUUGCUCAUUAAAUACUGAAGUUUUGAUAAAUAGUCACCGCAUAUUUAUAGAUUUCAGGUCAAAAACUGCUGGCAUGUAAAAGCCCUUUCACUGUACAGAGGUUUUCUGCGACAUGCAGCGUGUUUACCCACCGUUUCUAUUCCACAUGGUCUAGCUUUACAUGAAUAAUCUAUCCUGUGUAGUGAAUAUAUCACUCUAGUUUUUGAAUUACUGAGUAAAUGAUACGAAGCACUUUUUUUUUUUGGGUUGAAACUUUUUUUUGUUUGUUUGUUGGGGAAAUAAGAUUGUAAAAUCUUUCAACUCCCAAAUAUGGCAAUAUUAUUAAACUAUAUUAUUAAACAAC